CUAGACAGUGCAAAGGUCUUAGUAAGGUAGAGGAACAAGCUACUCAACACACCACACAAACCCUUCUUAACUCUGUUGUUUCUCUGCUAGGCACCUGUCACACCUAAGCAGCUUCAUUCCCCCGCAGGAUAUCGAACUCUGUCCUGCAGAUAUUCGCUCUUCACCAGAAGGACACUCCACCUUGCAGUCGCCUACUCCAGUCUUCGCACCUGCAGAACAAAGGUUUAUUUCAUUCUUCCUCACGUCACCUAACCUACAGCUUAGAAAUAGAAUGGUGUGUGUGUUCAAACUAAAUUGAAUCAGUUUUCUCACUAAAAUGGAGCGCACUUAUUUUAAAAAGGAAAUUGCCUCAUUGCAAUUCCUUGGUUGGAAAUGACCAUCUCUCGAAGGCCACUCCGGUAAAGCGGAGAUGAAAGGUUGACAGAUUAGAACGGUCUGUCACACCAGAAAAACCAGGUAGGACCUAUACAGCUUCAGUUUGUACCACAAAGUGUUUUUCUUUCCCUCCUUCCCUCCCUCCCGAGCACCGAUUGUCCGCAUGACGUCCCGAGAAGGAAAUCAUUGAUACAUUCAGCGACUGCCCCUCAACCACAGAGAGGUUUGCACUAGACCACUGAAGGGCCCAGGUCCUGUUCCUACACAGUCGAGCCAAGUCAGUCCCCUGGGUUUGGCAAAAGCUUCCCAGCCCUCCACAAACAUCGGUGUCCACCUGUGAUGCUUUCUCGAAUAUACAGGUAAGUCUUCUGAUCUUGUUUCUCAAAAUGGCGAACCUGCUACCCAAGAACCGUUUAGUACAAAAGCGCAACGUGAGUCUGGAGAAGCAGCUGGAGGUGAGGAUGCAGAUUUUGAGGGAGGAGUACCGCCAGACAAGGGAGGUCAUCGCCAGCUGCCAGCGUGACUGCGGCUACUUCCUGCAGCGACUGCACCGAACUGCGCCGGGACUCCAGGCCUACUGUCCACCCGACACCCGCGCCAUGAGGACCAACACCUUGUUGAGGGAGCGCCGCCAGUCCUUGUCCAGUAAGUGUGGUCAGACCUGGGACUCCCAUCACCUCGUAUCCAGACUCCGUCGCCAUACUUCUAGAGACACGCAGCGUGUUCAUCUGCCACACGACCUGCUGCCUGAUGCUGUUCCGUUCUCCGUCGACAGCGAGGCCGGUCGUCCAGACGACGAAGACGACGAUAUUGUGGAAAAGAACGCAAGCAUAGGCAGGGUAGACAAUCCAGCCAAUAUUCCUCACUCGGUAGAUGGUGCAAGAGAGGUAAUUCCAGCUGUGGAAAAAAGCAGGUCUGCAAGUGGGUUUGAUUCUAUCAACGAAAAGACCGGUGUUUUGACCACGCAUGCAGUGGCACCCAGGGUGCGAUACUCGGCGCACGUGCGGCCAAGCAGCAGCAGCAGCUUCAAACUCCUGCAAGGGCAGGUAACCAGCGAGCGACCUCCGUGGGUCGGCCAGACGGGAUGCAGGUACGGCAAAGAUGCGUACACAGAGUGCGAGCACUUGCUGAGAAACAGAAUAAUUGGGCAGUUCGAAGUUAUUUUUGGUCCGCGGACACACAGCCCUGAGACUGACCUGGAGGAUGCAUCACCAUCCGAGGUAACACAACACAUUCAAGACGUAGUUGUCGCCCCGUCUUCUAGCAAGCCUCUCCGCCCACAGACAGCUGGUCUAACGCGUGUGUGCAAUGCAGCUCCACGGCCACACACAGCUGGUAUUAUGUCCAGCUGUACCAAGCCUCUCCCCCAACACGUGGCUGCAGUCCCCCACAGUUCCACUAAACGCGUACAGAGCGCUUACCCUACCUUGCGACAAAGAGUUAAGACUGUCAACAUCACAAGACCUUCGUCCGUAACCAAACUCGUCCUUCCAGAAUAUCAGGAUCGUACAGGAGUAUCUCCCACCCCGGAAACUGUACCUCCCACAUUUCAAAACUCUAUAGACACACCCACUGCAUCGCACAUUUCUCCAGAAGAAACCUCUACACCUCACGUCCCUCCAGACAUGCCUCUCACAUCUCCAUCAACUUCAGAUGCCCUCUCCCCACCUCACACCAAUCCACAGGUUCAGGCUUCCAUCGACCCUACCAGUAUUUCCACCAACACCCUACCACAGUCAAGACUCAGUGCGGUGGGCAUUGAAAGUCAAGCUGACACUCAACAGGCUCACAUCCCCUUCACUCCCAUGGCUCAGGCCCAGCCACCUCACGGACAGUGUGUAUCUCCUGCCCACGUCACUAACCCAAACCAAAAGCAUUCCACUGUCUUGGCAGUCAGCACUAGCAAAAUUGCACCUAGGACCUUCGCACCACUUGCCACCCUCAGUCACAUGACCACAACAAGGCAACUAGUCUCCAGGCUGCUUUCUUUGGGUGUAAAAGAAAAUUCUAGAGACCGGCCAAAAUCAGCUCCAACCAAAUAUGAACUCAGUCACCGGUCCUUGCCAGCCCCCAGACAGACGGUUAUUGGAAUAUUGGCACAAAUUGAGAAUCGCAGGGCCGAGAUAAGAGCCAAGCUGAAGAUGAGCAAAGAGCUACAGGAUGUGGUGAAAAGCCUGGUGCCCUGUGACUAGAGAGCUCCAGGACAGUACUUCUUACAUGGCUGAUUUUGUCAGACAUU